AUGAAUCCCAUCUCCUGGUUCUUUCGCGGCUUCAUUGCCGCGCUCAUCACUGUCGGCAUUGUGCUGAUCAAGACGCCCAUCUGGUUCUGGGACAUUGCCACGCGACCGCGCCCCACCAAAGAGUACCCCAAUGGCCUCCAGAUCUACUUUACCUACCUCGCCCGCACCUUUCUGCGCCAGUGCGCCAUCUAUAAGGCGCAGCCCAACCCCAGCACGCGGCAGCCGAGCAAGCUCCGCGACCGCCUCCUCUGCCGCCACUUCACCUGGAUCGAGCCGGCUCCUCUGUCGUCGAGGGAGCACGAAGAGAAGCGCACGACUGCCGCGACAGGCUUUGACGAUUCGCCGCUCCCCGUCGCCCUUGAUGUGGCGGAGUCAAAGAAGAAGACGGCGGCGCUCUGGUACCUCAACCCAAAGGAGCCCGGUGACAUUCCGACCAAGGAGCAGCGCAGGCAGAGCCGUGUCGUCCUCUACUUUCACGGCGGCGCAUACAUCACCCUCGAGGCCGGCGACAUGUUCAUGGGCCUGACACUGGCGCGCAUGCAGGCAAAGUACGUCGAGGUCGACGUCCUCUCCGUCAACUACCGCUUGGCGCCCGGAUCAAAGUACCCAUCGCAGCUGUAUGAGGCCUUUUCGGCCUGGAGACACCUGCGCGAGAUGGGCUACGAGAGCAUCUUUCUCGGCGGCGAUUCUGCCGGCGGCAACCUGGCCUUGACGCUGUGGCGCUACCUCGACCAGGUCGCAAACGACAGCCAGGCUGUCGAGGGCAUCAUCCUACAUUCGCCCUGGGUGGACUGGAACGGCCUGACACGCGCCUCGCUCAACGAGAGGUCGCCCCACUGCGCCGUCACUUACACCUUUGGCAUCGAGGGCGUCAAGUCGAUGCAGAACAACGGUCUGCCCAAGAUGACCGACGGCUGGGCCAGCCCCAUCUACUGGACCGACAACAUCCUGUCGCGCUUGCCGCCCAUGUUUGUCAAUACCGCAGGCAUCGAGGCGCUUCGGGAGGAGAACGAAAUGUUUGUCGCAGCAGCCAAGAGUGCCGGGGCAAAGGUGACACACAUCAUCACGGAGGGCAUGCCCCACGACUUUACCGCCCAGUGGUGGUUUGCCGGCGCCGUCCGCAGGCUGUUUCUGCAGACGCAUACCUGGAUCGACGGCGUCAAGAUGGUCGGAGAGGCCUAG